CGCCUCCCCAGACAAUUUCCUCUGCGCAAGGGGGCUCAGUGACCGUUUCCCCAUCCUCUUGGAUUCCCCGUUCCUCCAGCAGAGCGCAGGGACAGGUUCCACUCACGUAAUGUCCUUUCUGACAAAUAUUCCACCAAUGCUCCAUGCACCCUGAUCUGGUCUGAUUCCAACCUCUGCACAGGAUUCCCCCUUCCCAAACCUGAGCUGAUCGCCCGGCUGGAACGAGGGGAAGAGCCGUGGGUGCCUGAUCUCCGGGACUCCAAGGAAAGAAGUCUUCCCAGAUACACUCGUACAGCAGGUGCUGAGCGAGGGAGUGAGAAUGAGGAGGGGAAUCAUCAUGAGGAAGUUCCCGGGGAAGUGGAACUGCAGGGGUCCUUUGUUGGAAGAGGUGAAGGGAAUUUUUCCCAGUGCUUGGAGGAGGAAGAGGCCUGGGGAAACUGGCACAGGUCAGAAAGGCUUCUGGAAAACCAUCCAGGGAAGAGAAUGGAUGAAACUAUUAAUGGCGGGAAAGGAGACAAGGAUCCCAGAGCACAGCAGACAAAUUCCAAGGAAGAGACACCCGGGCACUACCCUCAGUGUGGGAAACGAUUCAUUGUGAGAUCACAGAUUGUGACCCAUCAGACAAUCCAUACUGGAGAGAAACUCCUUCAAUGCUUGGAAGAUGGGGAAAGCUUCAAUAAUCUCUCAGAUCUUAAUAACCAUGGGAGCAGCCACACUGGAGAGGGAACCUGUCAAUCCCUCGAAUGGGGGAAAUGUAUCAUUUUGAAGACACAAAUAAUUAGACAUCAGGCAAUCCACACAGGAGAGAGACCCCACAAGUGCUUGGACUGUGGGAAAAGUUUCAAAAGAAGGUCACACCUAGUUCGUCAUCAGGCAAUCCACACAGGAGAAAGACCCCACAAGUGCUUGGACUGUGGGAAAAGUUUCAUAAGAAGGUCACACCUUGUUAAACAUCAUGCAUUACACACAGGGGUGAGACCACAUAAGUGCUUGGACUGUGGGAAAAGUUUCAUACAAAGGUCAGACCUUGUUCAACAUCAGGCUAUCCACACAGGAGAGAGACCCCACAAGUGCUUGGACUGUGGGAAAAGUUUCGUUCAGAGGUCACACCUAGUUCGCCAUCAGGCAUUACACACAGGAGAGCGACCCCACAGUUGCUUGGACUGUGGGAAAAGUUUCAUAAGGAGGUCGAACCUUGUUCAACAUCAGGCAGUCCACACAGGAGAGAGACCCCACAAGUGCUUGGACUGUGGGAAAAGUUUCAUACAAAGGUCACACCUUGUUCAACAUCAGGUAAUCCACACAGGAGUGAGACCCCACAAGUGCUUGGACUGUGGGAAAUGUUUCAAAGUGAGGUCACACCUAGUGCGCCAUCACGCUUUACACACAGGAGAGCGACCCCACAGGUGCUUGGACUGUGGGAAAAGUUUUAUUAGAAGAUCGAACCUUGUUCAACAUCAGGCAAUCCACACAGGAGCAAGACCCCACAAGUGCUUGGACUGUGGGAAAAGUUUCAUAUGGAGGUCUGACCUCAUUAAACAUGGAAGAAACCACACAGGAUCUAAACUUCUGUGACACAUGGCAAGAAAGGGUUAAGCAACUUGCAUGUAAUUGACUCAGGGUCAACAUUUAGAGAGAGAUUU